AAAGUCACCUUCAAAUCCUGAGAGAGCGUGUAUGAAGUACACAGGUGAAGGAAGCCAUCAAAGCACUCUGAAGGAGUUCCAGGCUUCAGUGUGAUGAUGAUAGAGAAUAACAGCCUGGUCUGCUGUGUGUGGACUCUUACUGUCCUGAUGAUAACUGUGAUGUUGUCUCCUGCUGAGGGAGAGGCUCCGUUAGCUGUGAACGUGACUCAGGAUGUGUACGAGGCAGAGGAGAACAGUAACGUCACUCUAACGUGGUUCUUCACUGUCAGCAGAGACACACAACCUCAAGACCUGGUUGUGGACAUUUUACGUCAUGAACCUGAAAGAGGUGUUUAUCUUUUUGUACGCGGUGAAGAGAGGUCACAGUAUGUGGACCAGCUCGACAGAGGUCGGUUUUCCUGUAAUAACGAACUCUUUAAGACAGGACGCAUUAAAUGCAUCUUCAGAAAUGUGACUGUGAGCGACAGCGGCCUCUAUAGGUGUGUGGUCGUCAUCAACAGAAAAAGUGCCAACAAACUGUGUCUCCUCAAUGUGACGGCCAAUCAUCAUCCUGCACAAGAUCAACCAGAACCAGAGACUCCGGUCCGGGAAAGGAUUUGGCUCAUCAUUGUAUUUGUAUUUGUAUUGUCCGUAUGUUUGUUAUUAUUUAUUUGUUUCAUUUAUACCUCCAAAUCACAACAAAGCUUCCUCAUUUUACCGGUGCACAGGAUAAGAAGGUUACAUGAACAGACAACACUCCCAUCUCUGGAUGGAGCUGCACCUCAAACUGAGAUAAAUAAAAUAGAAUCAGGCAUCAGAAAAACAACAAAUACAGAAUAUUUGUCAGAAUUAAGUAACAAGAAAAACAGAUGCAAUAUUAAGAUGAUCGCCGACCACUAGCUCUAAGCGUCACUAAGAUACCCAGAAUUUAGAUCAAUUUGAGGCCGCGGCCCGAUCUGUAAACCAAAUAAAUGAAUAUAAAAGAGUAAAAAGCAUAGUAACAUACUAUGUCAGUAUGCUAACCAUACAAAAGGGAAAAUAAGUUCUUGCUGGAACACAGUUAUUUGAGCACAGUGGAUUAGUGGUGCCCUUAAUUAGAGUAAGCAGGUAAAGAAAAUAGAUUGAUGGACGAGUACUGACUUGAGUUGUGGAUCUUGGUGUUUAUGUCAGUAUGUUAGUGGGACACAAAAUCAUGACAAUCCCUCUCCAAGAUGGUGGAUGUAAAUAUUGCAGAAAGGAGCUCGAUGUCCACUGGUACUCAGGUCAGGUAGCAGCAUCACACUUUACUUACUAUAUAGUAGCGGUUGGUUAAGGUGCACUUUAAUUACAAUCUGAAUGGGCCAGCGGCGCAUUGGCACGUGCAAUUUAAAGCAUUUGUUUUUUCAGAUAAACGUACCUGCUUGCACGACAUGUCAGAGCAUUGCAGUGAUAUGACCUGCUGACGCCUUUAUAAUCAUGAGUCACUUGAGUCUCAUGAAAGUCACAAAUUGCUCUAUGAAAAAUAAUGACACCAUUCGCACAAUGCAACUUUCUACACCUGAACUACAGUGACAUGAAAUAUACAAUGAUAUGGCUAAAAUUCAUCUCAAUUACCCGUGUAUAGAACAAGUAACUCAGCUUGUUAUUUAUGAAAACACUUUUUCAUUUGCUGAAAAGAAAUUAUGCAAGUUUAACCAUGUUUGUACAAAUGUUCAGUUUCAUUCAUAUAUAUAU